AUGUGCACAUAGGCUCAAGCCGAGUUCUCCUCAUUCUUGUGUUAUUGAUGAUCGGCCGCCUGAUAAAGCUACGGAUGGCUGUCAGUGGAAAUUUCAAACAUUGCUGUUUUCAUUUCCGCAACUUCUAGUGAAAACCAAGUUCCAGGUUAAUAUUUCGAAGCUGACCGUGCUGAACUACGCUUCGACUGACUUGCCAAUGUUGCCGUCUUCAAAAGCCACUGAGAAGACACGGUUACAUUGCCGGCAUAUUGAUCUGCGAACUGAUCGAAUGCAAAGGGCUUUGCGAAUCCGCUCAGAUGUCGUGCACAAGAUGCGACGCUUUCUCAUUGAAUACGCUAAGUUUGUUGAUGUGGAAACACCGACUCUUUUUCGACGUACGCCAGGUGGAUCGGCGGAGUUUCUUGUCCCCGCUCCCCCACCCAACCGAGGGCUUUGCUACUCUCUACCUCAAAGUCCACAACAGUUCAAGCAACUGCUUAUGGUUGGUGGCAUCGAUCGAUAUUUCCAGGAUCCAAGGGUGAUAGACAGCCGGACUGUCCCCUGCUUUUCUCAGCCCACAUUAGUGGAUCUUGAACUGUCGUUUACAACUCAAGACGGAGUAAUGUCCUUAGUCGAAGAACUAUUGAUUGCUGCAUGGCCUGAAGAGUUGGUCGACCUGAAACCAUGUGCUCCAUUCCCUCGCCUAAAGUAUCGUGAUGCUAUGCGACAGUACGGUAGCGACAAACCUGAUAUGAGAAUUCCUUGGCAUAUAGAAGAUUGCACAGAAUUAUUAGGUAGGAGUCUCAAGCUGAAAAUUGAACGUGGAUUGAGGGGCACCACUUCCAACUUCAGCGCAAAAGGAGAGCUUCAUCUGGGCGAUACGAGCGAUACGGUUUGUUGA